GACGAGACGCUGAUUUGUUGCACUGAUAACAACCAGCUAGCUACUGUUAGCUAUCUUCUUGACAAGAAAAUACAGGUUUUUAAUUGUUACGCGCCAUUUUAACUAGCCGAGAUCAAAAUGACCACUAAAAAGAAGCGGUCACCACAUUCACGAAACGACAGAUGGGUUGUUGUUGCUGCAGGUAAAUUAGGCAACUGUAAGUCGCUCUGGAUAAGAGCGUCUGCUAAAUGACUUAAAUGUAAAAAAGUGUAGCUAGCUAACGAACGUUAGUUUACUAGUUUCACUUUCAUCUGUGCAUAACCUAAUAUUGUAAUUCUUAUCUGUGGUAACGUAUAGCAAAGAUUUGUAUAACUAACCUAUCUGUGGUACAACGUUCGCUAGUUAACUAAAUAGAUAGCUGGAAGCUACCUAAAUAGGUAAUUUAGCUAGUUAGUUUAGGUAGAAUGUAAUUUAGCUACUAUAAUGGCGAUAUCAAUGUUGGUUAGUCUUUCCAGCUACUGGUAUCAAGGUAACAAUGGCAGUUGUUGCAUGAUCCAUCAAAGCUGAAAAUCCAUAUUACAGUGAUCUGUACUAGAGUUAGAUCCAUCUUUAUCUAACUGGAGCAGCUCCACUUGCAACAAAGUUUCGCAUCCAGUGCGCUGCAUCCCGCGACAAUAGCAGCAUGUAAUGUGUUUGUGUAUUUCUUUUCCCACACAGACUCCGCCGUGGAAACACCACAGAAAGAUGACAGUGACCCCACUUUCAUCCGGCUUAGGAACCCUUCAACAGGUAGCUAGCUAGCUAUCUAGCGCCAAUAACACAUUUUAAACAGGCACAACGUUAACUACCAAUCAUUCGAAGCAAAACUAUGAAAGUCAAAAGCAUUGAAAUCAUAACCCACUUCUCCAAAGUGGUAGCUAACUUUCUUUCUAUUCUAUCUAGUGAAAUUAGCUAGCUAUCUAUUUGUAAUUUUCUAGAUGCAGCGUCUUUGUACCUGUUGGGCAGUGGUGAUGUGCAGCUGUAUGAGGUCAAAGCCUUCAACGAGGACUUCCACUCCUGGUUCAUUGGCCAGACAGUACAGAGAGGUAAUUUACAAUCAGGUGAUAGGUAGCUAAGCUUGACCAGUCUAGUACGAGGUGUACAUUGUGGUGUUGAAGAUUCAAAUGUUUUAUUUGAUUUUGAACAGAUGGGAGACUUCUGUAUGUCACUCCAAUGGAUCCACUCUACCUGCUGUUGCCCUACUUGAUCAAAGCGGGUAAAGAGGUAAGUAGGGUGGCCAAUCAAAAUCGCAUAUUUUGACCAAUGUGCAAAAUACUAUCUUUAUUGUGUAGAUAAUCCUCUAAAAAACCAAUGGUUCAAACCUCAUGUCUCUAUCAUAAUCCGGUCAAAAGUUAUUGGCGUUUUUACCCUUGUAGGAUGGUCAGAAUUAGGGCAAAUAAAUCAAUGGAGGCCAGAAUAAAGAAGUGGUUAGCUAGGCUGGAUGCUGUGAGAGAUUUAAGGCUACCUGACAGGCUUACCAUUGAACUCUUCAUUUUUCUUUUCAAGUCCGGAGGACAUAAAACAAUAUAGAAAUAAAAUAGAUAUCGAUUUUGAGACAUGACAUAGUAUUUUCAUAUUUUAUUAUACGCUGUUCAUAAUAAUGCAAAGUUUCUGUUCUUUUUUUGAAGACUUCUCACAAAAACAAGCGUAUCUCUGUGAAAGGUCAACGGCGCACUGAGCAUACCCCAAGCUUUUUAUUUUCAAAGCCUUUAAUUCAGCUCAUGUCAUGCAAAUUUUUUGCGACCUGCGGAAACAACUUGGAAGACGACGACCACAAUGUAAAAUCCUCAAAGGUUUUGGCAAUAAAGCUACACCACUCUGUCAACAGAGCUCGGUGCUUAUUAUCGGAUGUAUUAGUUUACGAAAUCAGACUUUUUGGACAUAAUGAUAUGUUAGAGAAAGACCCCACUAAAUGACUCAUAACAUAAGGAAGUGAAAUGUCAUCACCAAAGUGCGUUUUCACCCACUCUGGGCAGAGAGGUAAGGCCAUAUGCACUUUUGAAAUUAAAUUAUUAUUGCAUCUUUAUCUCUCCCCCUUUAUGAUUUCAUCUUCGUCAGUCUUUCUCUCUUUGCAAUCUCUCUUGUCCCCCCAUUGUGAUGUCAUCCAUCGCUCUUUCUUCCUUUUGCGAUGUCAUGUGUCCUUCUCUCUUUGUGAUGUCUACUCUGUCCUCUGUGAUUCCAUCUCUGUCCGGUCAUCGUGAUGACAUAUCAUUCUGUCUUCCUCUCUUUUGUGAUGUCAUCUCUGUCCUAUGUGAUGUAAUCUCUGUCCAGUCAUCGUGAUGACCUUCGGUCCUUCUCUCUUUGCAAGGUAAUUUCUGCCCUUUUGUGAUGUCAUCGCUGUCUUCUUCUCUUUGUGAUUUAAUUUCUCUGUGUUCUGCUGCAGGGGAAGUUCCAGCCCAUGGACCAGGUAGUGAUGGACGAGGACUUCCCAGCAUGCACUAGGCUGCUGAGCUGCACACGCUCCCAGGCCUCGCUGCACCAUGUGGCUGAGGAGAAAGGUCAGAUGUCAAUUUGUUCAGCAGACACAACCUAAUGUUGAAAGUUAAUGUGCUCCUCAGAAACAAUCAACUAUCAAACUCUGAUUACAACCCCCCUCACCCCAAUAAUUAGCUUCUCACUUCUACGUCAGUCUGAAGGGUACAUUAAUGGUUGCUGGAUUAAAUGUGUAUAUCAGAUAAUUGUCAAUGUUUCUGAUUUUCUAAGAAUGAGCUGCACGUGAACACAGUAAACAAGUGUAAUGUUGUGGUCUCAAGUGUAAUGUUGUGGUCUCAAGUGUUAUACAUGCUGUUUGUGCUGCUCCUUCAGAGGUGGGCAGUCUGAAGUAUCACCGCUACAGCCAGGAGAGGACCAUGGAAUGGUUAAAGAAAAAGGUACCCAUUGAGCACUAUGAGCUGCAUAUGCCCAUAUCCUCUAUUGCAGUGGUUCCAAACCUUUUUUGGUUACUGUACCACCAACUGAAUUUUGCUCUGCCUGGAGUACCUCUGAAGUACCCCCUCAUGUGCAUUUUACCAUUAGGCCAUUGGUCUCAUGAGUCUUCUCUAGUACCCCUGUGGAUAGGCCCAGUACCUCCAGGCAUCCUAAUACCCCUGUGGAUAGGCCCAGUGCCUCCAGGCUUCCUAGUACCCCUGUGGAUAGGCCCAGUGCCCCCAGGCUUCCUAGUACCCCUGUGGAUAGGCCCAGUGCCCCCAGGCAUCCUAGUACCCCUGUGGAUAGGCCCAGUGCCCCCAGGCUUCCUAGUACCCCUGUGGAUAGGCCCAGUGCCCCCAGGCUUCCUAGUACCCCUGUGGAUAGGCCCAGUGCCCCCAGGCAUCCUAGUACCCCUGUGGAUAGGCCCAGUGCCCCCAGGCUUCCUAGUACCCCUGUGGAUAGGCCCAGUGCCCCCAGGCUUCCUAGUACCCCUGUGGAUAGGCCCAGUGCCCCAGGCAUCCUAGUACCCCUGUGGAUAGGCCCAGUGCCCCCAGGCUUCCUAGUACCCCUGUGGAUAGGCCCAGUGCCCCCAGGCAUCCUAGUACCCCUGUGGAUAGGCCCAGUGCCCCCAGGCUUCCUAGUACCCCUGUGGAUAGGCCCAGUGCCCCCAGGCUUCCUAGUACCCCUGUGGAUAGGCCCAGUGCCCCCAGGCUUCCUAGUACCCCUGUGGAUAGGCCCAGUGCCCCCAGGCUUCCUAGUACCCCUGGUUGGGAACCACUGCUCGCUCUAUAGUACGUCUUGAAGCUGUGUUCUUCAAUUUGAUCCUGGGGAUCUUCAAGGUGUGCCAGCUUUUUGUUCUAGCCCAUUAAUCAACAAAUCAUCAAUCCCUUAGUUGAAUCAGGUGUUAUGCCAUGCUGUGGGUUCCUAGGAGUGGAGUGGGGAAUGGCCAGUAGAUGUGACAGCGUUAACAGUGUUGGUCUUGCUGUGUCUCUGCUGUUCCAGGCUGAGAGGACAGUGAAGACCCUCAGAAAGAGUAACAUCUCAGUGGGAGAGGGAGUAAAUUCCACGACGUAUGUCCGAGUCAAGCAGGAGUCCGAGACCCAGGAAGGUGAGUCAAGCCCAGGGCCAGUCUGGUCCAAAACUUUACACCUGGGCCAUGCUCUCCCUAGCCUGUAUAAAUAACAUGAACCAGAGGAUGGCACCAAACCCCUUGUAGAGAUCAGGGGCCUAAUUAAUAAUUGUUGCGUACAUUUCACACAAAAUAUCUGCGUGCGCCAUUUCUGAAAAGUCUGCGCAUGUACAAAAUAUUUAGAUUUAUAAACUUGAUGCACGCCAUACAUACGAAUGUUUCCAUUAUAAAUCACCUGUUACAAUUGACCUGUUGUAAAACUGCGCGCGUGAACUAGUAUUAAAACUCAGGCUGGAAAACGCCCUCCAUUCACCUUUUAUGAUGACAAUAAUGCCCUGGAUUUGCUGUAUAAUUUUGAACUAUUGGCAUUAGGCUACAGCAUGCAAAAGACGAGUUGUUGUUCAAUAUUUAGUUGAUCAAUAGAUUAGGUUUCUAUUUCCUGUCUUGGUAUAGGCUCUGAGAUUAAGUAGGCUAUAAUGUCGAGCUCCUAUCGCACAGCAAUACUGUAGCCUACCCAUACUGUACAAUAUUUUACAUAAGCUACCGGUCUAUUUCAUGUGUUGGCAGAAUGGUUUCAUCUUUAGCAGUAAUUGAUGCUGUAUCUGGAAAAGGACUUGUGUCGCUUUCUGAAAGAGAACCAUGGCAACUUGUUGUGGACCUGUCAGCAGAACGUUUGGAUUCAGCAAUGUUUUGCAUCCACUUUUCCACAAACCUAAAAAUGAUGGACUUCCCGCAAAUUCUGAGACAUUGUCUAGGGCCGGAUACUCCAAAAUAAAAUGCAAUUACAGUAGUAUACAUAGGCCUACUUCAAUGUUAAAUUCGACUGUAUUAUAAAACACGCUGCCUAUGAGAUUGAAACUUGAAAUGCAUAGCCUAUUUAUGUACUAGGCUACUAGGUCCAAUUAAAUGAGAUGCACAUGGUAAUCUGUUUUAUGGCUACUUGGGGAAUAUGAACCCAGAAAAGGUGAGGAAUUUAUUCUGCAAUGGUUAUGAAAAUAUUAAUAUGUCUAUAUUUUAGAUUCUAAAAAUAUUUUUUUUUUGCUCUUCUCACUAACGGGAAAUGGCUGCAUUCUUGUUCAUAUGUUUUCCUGUUUUUUUAUGAACAAGCUUUUCAUCAUAUCCCCCUUUGCACAAAGUUCUUACUUACCAGCUUGCAAUACAAUUCUUACUUACCAGCUUGCAAUACAAUACAAUAUGUCAACCACUAGCAGAGAUGUGUACGCAUUGUCUAAAGUUUUGCGGGGAGGUGAGCAUAUUCUCACGUCAAGUACAUUUUGUAUAAAUGGCAGCUUUUGCGUGAACUGGCUCAUGCACAUUUUGGGCUAUAUUUUGUACAUACAGUGGGGAGAACAAGUAUUUGAUACACUGCCAAUUUUGCAGGUUUUCCUACUUACAAAGCAUGUAGAGGUCUGUAAUUUUUAUCAUAGGUACACAUCAACUGUGAGAGACGGAAUCUAAAACAAAAAUCCAGAAAAUCACAUUGUAUGAUUUUUAAGUAAUUAAUUUGCAUUUUAUUGCAUGACAUAAGUAUUUGAUACAUUAGAAAAGCAGAACUUAAUAUUUGGUACAGAAACCUUUGUUUGCAAUUACAGAGAUCAUACGUUUCCUGUAGGUCUUGACCAGGUUUGCACACACUGCAGCAUGGAUUUUGGCCCACUCCUCCAACAGACCUUCUCCAGAUCCUUCAGGUUUCGGGGCUGUCGCUGGGCAAUACGGACUUUCAGCUCCCUCCAAAGAUUUUCUAUUGGGUUCAGGUCUGGAGACUGGCUAGGCCACUCCAGGACCUUGAGAUGCUUCUUACGGAGCCACUCCUUAGUUGCCCUGGCUGUGUGUUUCGGGUCGUUGUCAUGCUGGAAGACCCAGCCACGACCCAUCUUCAAUGCUCUUACUGAGGGAAGGAGGUUGUUGGCCAAAAUCUUGCGAUACAUGGCCCCAUCCAUCCUCCCCUCAGUACGGUGCAGUCGUCCUGUCCCCUUUGCAGAAAAGCAUCCCCAAAGAAUGAUGUUUCCACCUCCAUGCUUCACGGUUGUACUCAUCCUCCUUCUUCCUCCAAACACGGCGAGUGGAGUUUAGACCAAAAAUCUCUAUUUUUGUCUCAUCAGACCAAAUGACCUUCUCCCAUUCCUCCUCUGGAUCAUCCAGAUGGUCAUUGGCAAACUUCAGACGGGCCUGGACAUGCGCUGGCUUGAGCAGGGGGACCUUGUGUGCGCUGCAGGAUUUUAAUCCAUGACGGCAUAGUGUGUUACUAAUGGUUUUCUUUGAGACUGUGGUCCCAGCUCUCUUUAGGUCAUUGACCAGGUCCUGCCGUGUAGUUCUGGGUUGAUCCCUCACCUUCCUCAUGAUCAUUGAUGCCCCACGAGGUGAGAUCUUGCAUGGAGCCCCAGACCGAGGAUGAUUGACCGUCAUCUUGAACUUCUUCCAUUUUCUAAUAAUUGCGCCAACAGUUGUUGCCUUCUCACCAAGCUGCUUGCCUAUUGUCCUGUAGCCCGUCCCAGCCUUGUGCAGGUCUACAAUUUUAUCCCUGAUGUCCUUACACAGCUCUCUGGUCUUGGCCAUUGUGGAGAGGUUGGAGUCUGUUUGAUUGAGUGUGUGGACAGGUGUCUUUUAUACAGGUAACGAGUUCAAACAGGUGCAGUUAAUACAGGUAAUGAGUGGAGAACAGGAGGGCUUCUUAAAGAAAAGCUAACAGGUCUGUGAGAGCUGGAAUUCUUACUGGUUGGUAGGUGAUCAAAUACUUAUGUCAUGCAAUAAAAUGCUAAUUAAUUACUUAAAAAUCAUACAAUGUGAUUUUCUGGAUUUUUCUUUUAGAUUCCGUCUCUCACAGUUGAAGUGUACCUAUGAUAAAAAUUAAAGACUUCUACAUGCUUUGUAAGUAGGAAAACCUGCAAAAUCGGGUGUAUAAAAUACGUGUUCUCCCCACUGUACGCAUUAUUUUAUAAACCAGGCCCCAGGAGCUAGCACAACAGACUUUGCCAAAUCCUGUUUUACAUUUUGAAUUUCACUCCAGCUCAGAUUGUUAACCCAGUUUUCUGUGAUAUCAAUAGGAAGGUUAUAAUUGUGAAAUGUAUAAAGUGAUGCUGUGGUAUUAACCCUCCUCAUUAUAACACAGAGGACUACCUGCGGUAUGCCCAUGGCCUGAUAUCUGAGUACAUCAGUGAAGACCUGAGCAAAGCCCUCCUCAAGCAUCUCCAGUAUGUACACACAUUAACUGUACUUAGUUUUUAUGCAUUCAUGUUAAAAGCACAAUCUAGAAUUUCAUUUUCAUGUAGCUUCAUUGUAACUGGCACUGAGUAAUUUGAAUUAAAUGGAAACCGCCCCCAAAACUGAAGAUGAGUGGGCAGGUUUGGAGGCAGUCACCACAGAAUUCAAAAAACUCGGUGACAGUUAGAUUUUUUUCAAGACACAUCCCCCACAGUUUACAAACUAGUGCAGGGCCCAGGACAGCACUUUUGACUGGAAAUGUAAUGGUAAUUGAAGUGACAGUUUGUGACAUUAAGACCAUGAUACAAGUGAAAGGUAACACAUUAAGCAGCAUUGUUAGUCUGUAACAGUUUGAUGGUGAGUCAGUAAUCUUCCACGUUCCUCCUGACAGGUUACCUGAGCUCUCAAGCCCUAAGGAGGUGGAGCCCCCCUCGAAGGUAUUUUCUCCAGCUUCUUUGAAUUUGUCAUCACACUGUGUAGUUACAUUUGUAUACAGCAUAUUUCUUCCAAGGUAUGUUUUUCUUUAUUUGGUAAAACAUUUUGUGAAUUUUUUCAAUUAAUUGCUUGCUUUUAGAUAUUGCAGCGUCAGUUGCUUUUCAACUGUGGUGUUCUAUUGAGAUUCACCUGAUGGUUGCAGUGUAGCGGUAGAUUAGUGUGUUCUUAUGCCUGUUUCACGUGUGUUGGUGGGUUUGCGGUAGUCACGGUAUCUUGCGUGUCGCUGGCUUGUCUGGGGUGUGUGUCUGGGAUGUGAUGGUCGGUGUUCUGAGUGGAAAGCAGGGUUAACUGUGUAAGUCCCGUGUUCGGUCGGCAGAAGCGGAAACUGACUGACAAACCAGUGGAGGCGGGAGAGGACUACACCAAAUUCAACAGCUCCGAUUUCACCCGCAAAGUGAGUGAGAUUAGGGGCAGUCUGCACGAAGGGACCCAGGAGAGAAAUGAAGAGGGAGGGGGGGGGUGUUGCCAUUUUGUAACCUUCCAUUUUGUAACAUUCCAUUUUGGACUUUUGUAAGCCUUUUUUGUGUAACAGUUUUCUAGGUAUUGAUAGGAUUUUCGUACCUUACUAAAUGUCAUGUCUUUUUGGUUUUAGUUUUCAAGCUAUGCCUACAUAAUACAUAUCUACAUUUACAUGGCUCUAAAGUGCAACAAUUUUGGCCACAUAUGCUCCUAAAUAUUUUGCUGCGCGACUUUCAAUUAUAAUUUAGGAGCACCAGUGCGCCUAGAAAACAAUCUGCCUGAAAAUAAUUGUUGUAAUGAUUAGGCUUCGCUGUACCGCUGUUUCCGAGUGCCCUAGAGAAAAAAAGCUUGUCUCUAGCCCAAACCGUUCAAAAGUUGUGACCCAUAUUGCUGGCGUUACGUUUUUGGGGAGAUAAAUCUCCAUUAGCAGGCUGCAUUUUACAUUCAUAAACCAUGUCGCGGGCCGUUAACACCUUGAUUAGUCAUGUUACCUCAUUAGCUAGCUAGCUAACAACCUGGUAACUUUAGCAGUAUAUCCAAACAUUUGGGGGCACAGAAAGAAUAGAAAAGGGAUAGCUUCUUCUUCAGGAGAUCACUGGUCAUAGCAAUGAAUGAAUGACAUAUUUGCAUGUCAUCACUCACAAACUUGACAUUCUUUAACAGACUGUACAGUUUUCUAUGUAAUGCAUCUCAAUAGGAAACAGUGCUUUUUUUAGACAAUGUAGAAAUCUAAUAUUCCACAAAUUAAUUUUGAUGACAGGUAUUUGUAUCAACAUUUUAGUUUUUAUAAUAAACAAAUGUCUUUAUAGGGUUACAUAUUUGUUUCUAGGCACAACAUGUGCUUCAAAGUAGCUAGAAUUCAUAUAGGCCCAAUCUAAGCUGUAUCUCAAUCAAUAAAAAAAUAUUAUUUUCUGGGGCUGCUAAAUUUAAUGUGGCGCUCCUAACUUAGUUGGGAGCACCAGUGCUAUCAAUGAAAAUGUAUUUUAGAACCCUGUACGUACAUCCUUUUUUGUCAAGCUAAACCAGUCUACGUGAGUGCAGUGCAGAGGCCUACAAGUAACCUUGUGUAUUCUGUCUGGAAAUGAGUCAUGAUGAUAUGUAAUAACGUUUCAGCCGUCUUCACUCGAGGCGGAUGAGCAAUGCUAUUGACUCUCUUUUCUCCUCCUCCAGCCGCCCAAGAAGAUGAGUGCGGCACAAAAGACCCUGGCCAAGGUGGACAAAACAGGGCAUGAAGAGCAUGUCUGCCUUCUUCAGCCCCAAGGGCAAGGCAGACAAAAACUGAAUGUUAGGAUGAUGCAGCAGUUUGUGCGUGUCAGUGUGUCUGUCUGUCGGUGUGCGUGUACAAUGUGUGUGUCUGUCGGUGUGCGUGUCUACAGUGUGUCUGUCUGUCUGUCGGUGUGCGUGUCUACAGUGUCUCUGUCGGUGUGCGUGUCUACAGUGUGUCUGUCUGUCGGUGUGCGUGUCUACAGUGUGUCUGUCUGUCGGUGUGCGUGUCUACAGUGUCUCUGUCGGUGUGCGUGUCUACAGUGUGUCUGUCUGUCGGUGUGCGUGUCUACAGUGUGUCUGUCUGUCUGUCGGUGUGCGUGUCUACAGUGUGUGUCUGUCUGUCGGUGUGCGUGUCUACAGUGUGUGUCUGUCUGUCGGUGUACGUGUCUACAGUGUGUCUGUCUGUCUGUCGGUGUGCGUGUCUACAGUGUGUCUGUCUGUCGGUGUGCGUGUCUACAGUGUGUCUGUCUGUCGGUGUGCGUGUCUACAGUGUGUCUGUCUGUCAGUGCGCAUGUACAAUGUGUGUGUCUACAGUGUGUCUGUCUGUCUGUUGGGGUGUGUGUGUGUCUCGGUGUGCUUGUCUACAGUGUGUCUGUCUGUCUGUUGGGGUGUGUGUGUGUCUCGGUGUGCUUGUCUACAGUGUGUCUGUCUGUCUGUUGGGGUGUGUGUGUGUCUCGGUGUGCUUGUCUACAGUGUGUGUGCGCGCACACUUGCGCUUUUGGUAAUAAAGAAAAUAACUGUAUUUUUGUCCUUUCAUUUUUUUGUCCUUGAAAAGGAUUGAAUCACCAAACAAUGGGGACGAUGCAGGAAACUCAUCUGUAGCAAUGUGAUUUGAAUUAGCAUUGAGAGGCAGGGUUGAAUCACGUUGUUAGAGUAAGAGGACAAAGCAUAAGAUAAUGAAUAGUUACUAUUCCUUCAAGGUUUGUGGAGUAUGUGAUGGAUACAUGUUUAAACUUGCUGCUCCCACUCAAUUCUUUACUGAGCUCUCAGAUUACUGUAGAUAAUCAGCAGCAGUACAACAUGUGGUCUCAGAUUACUGUAGAUCACCAGCAGCAGUACAACAUGUGGUCUCAGAUUACUGUAGAUCACCAGCAGCAGUACAACAUGUGGUCUCAGAUUACUGUAGAUCACCAGCAGCAGUACAACAUGUGGUCUCAGAUUACUGUAGAUCACCAGCAGCAGUACAACAUGUGGUCUCAGAUUACUGUAGAUCACCAGCAGCAGUACAACAUGUGGUCUCAGAUUACUGUAGAUCACCAGCAGCAGUACAACAUGUGGUCUCAGAUUACUGUAGAUCACCAGCAGCAG